GCUGCUAUCAGUAAUCUAAGCACGCUAGCUAGAUGGACAAACAACUCUGUGAUUUAAAUCUUCCUCAGAGCUUCUAUUUCAUAGAACGGGCUUAAAAAUGAAAGGUAAAGUGAUCGGGGGAGGUGUGACCGUUUUGCUUGUGCUUGUGAUUCUACUGGUGCUGUUUAUUCCUCGAACAGCCGUGUUCAGGAAAACAUUCAAGGGGAAAUGUGGGAAGUUCCCUCAACAGAGCCAUAGAUGUGAAGUUAUGCUGCGUACCUUUGAAUAUGCCUAUGUGGGGAAGGACCCACGCUACUUUCCUGAGAGCAACUAUGAUCAGUUCUUGAACGAUAACCCUUUCACACAUGACAACAGCAAGACAAUGCUCUGGAGCAGCACAAAAGGACUGGUCCAUGACUACGCUGAGGGGACGGGUUGUUUUAUCACCCUGGAGGACACUCUGCUGGGAUCUAUUAUGGACGGUCUGACCUGGUGUGGACUGAAGGGCAGCGAGCACACCUUCGAUUUGUUUUGCAAAAUCGACCCGAGAAACAACCCUGUGAUUUCAUUCUGGAGACGUGUCUCUGCUCGGUUUGCAGCAUAUGCAGGUGGUGUCGUCACAGCAAUGCUAGAUGGCAGCCAGAAGAAUCCGUACGAUCCGAAAAGUGUUUUUGCCAUUGAGGUAAAUAACCUCCAUGCCUACAAGGUGUCACGCCUCGAUGUUGUUUUACUCACUGACAAGGAGAAUGUCAACAAGUGUGACAAUGAAUCUCUGCAGAAUUUGAGGAAUAUAGUGAAUCAAAAAGGAAUUGAUUAUAAUUGCAAGUCAGUGGCGAGGUCUCGUGUCCGGCAGUGCAUUAAAGAAAACGUUGCAUGUGGAGCCUGUUGGUGAAGCAUCUGAACUAAAUGUUCAACUGCAAUAUUAGAAAAGAUCAAAAAAGAAAGUAGAUAAAGAAACAGCUGCAAAUACCAUUUUGUUUGAAUUUUUCUCAUUAAACUCAUUGAAAGUCAUUAUUAUGUUAUCUUAUGUUGAGCAGAUUAAAUUCCUUUUUUACACACUGACCUGUUUGACCUAUAACAUCUAAUAUUUAAUAUCUGGGCUUUUUUUAUACAGAAUUAAUUAUUACAUUAAUCACAUGAUAAGCUUUUGUUUAUAAGGUUCUUUUUAUUUUUUUCGUUUCUUUAAAUCUUGAUUUAUGGUCAAUUAUAAUGUGCUAUUAGGUCUGCUGUAAAAUCAUGUAAAACUGAUGAUCUCACUUCUUAUUUUGUGUCAAAAUUUGAAAUA